AAAUCACAUGUGACUGACACAACAAACAGCCCCAUCCAAAUGACAUGCCGUUCCGUGUUUAAUAAUCACAAAGCCGUACCGAAGACAGAGUGGGAAUUGUCUCUUUCUCUCUUUCUCUUGUGACAAUCCCGCCGCAUGCCGUUAUUUGUCCCGAGCACAGCAUCAGCCUUACCAGCCAAACUUUCCCCCAGCUAACUCCAAGCCCGUUUCCCCAUACCGGCGCGCAGAUGCCGAGGCUCAUCACGUAAACUAGUUUUACCGCGUUGCCGCCCUUUUCACAUUUCAACGUUUUCCCAUCGUCAGCAUCAACUGUCGAAAGAUAACUCUUACAUAUGACUUUACUUUAACUUCUUUUAUAUAAUACCCCAGACCCCAUCAUCUCCACACUCACUCAUCCCCUUCCAUUCCAUCUCCGUCAUCUCCAUCUCAUCUCAAUCUAUAUCUCAUCGCCAACACCCAUUCAUAUAGCAUCCAAUUCAAAAUGUCCAAAACCCUCUUCACCGUCCCCAUCCCCCCCCUCGGCCCCCAUCCCGGCGGCUCCAUCACCGUCAUCGAGCCCCAGCCCGCAAUCUACCUCCUCACAUUCAACUCCCCGCCCGACAACCGCCUCACCACCGCCGUCUGCAAGGCCCUCCUCGCCGCCCUCGACCUCCUCGAGUCCGGCGGCCACCCGCCCGGCGUCCUCAUCACCACCAGCGCUAUCCCAAAAUUCUACAGCAACGGCCUCGACCUGCAGCAUGCCAUUGACACGCCCGGCUUCUGGGCCCUGUUUUACUCUGUCUGGAACCGACUCCUAACCUUCCCAAUGCCAACCCUCGCCCUCCUCAACGGCCACACCUACGCCGGCGGCCUCAUGCUCGCCAUGGCCCACGACUACCGCCUCGCCCCCUCCCCAAAGGGCUUCCUCUGCCUCAACGAAGUCCUCUUCGGCGCCGCCCUCCAACCCCCCAUGGCAUCCCUCUUCCGCGCCAAACUCCCCUCCAACGCCAUAUUCCGCAAAGUCGCCCUCGAAGGCCACCGCUUCACCGGCGCGGAAGCCGUAACCGAUGGUCUCGCAGACGGACUGUGUCCCAAUGGUGUAGAUGAUGCGAUCAAGUUUAUUAUGGAGAGGAAUUUGUUGGAGAAGCCGAAGAAGGGGGUGUAUGGCACGAUUAAAGCGGAGAUUUAUAAAGAUUUGGUGAGGGAGUUGAAGGGCGCGGGGCUGGAGGCGGAGAAUGAGAGGUUUGCGAAUGAUCAGAGGGUUGCGGCGGAGAGGAAGGAGUUUGGAAAGGUGUUUGUUGAGCAGUGGCGUAAGGAGAAUAAGGCGAAGCUGUGAGGAUGAGAAACAACGAAAAUAUCUACAUAAAACUAGAAAGGCCAUAUAUAUCGGCUGUAUAAUGAAUAACACCAGACAUCACUGUAUAAUGGCAGAGCCCAGC